AUGUAUGAAAGCUCUGGAUAAACAAUUAGAAAAGAUCACAAAUGCAGUACGACAACUGAGCUCCAGUGUUGGACUCAUAGCAGCGGCAGUUCGGCUACGCGCUCGCCUCUCUCAGGUUUUCCAUCUCGUUAGAACGGUCGCGCGUCCCGUUUCGAGUGCCGAACGAAAGAAGCAGGCCAAUGCCCUUGACGGUCCCUUUGGAUGGAGGAAUCGCCCAGUGCGUACCCCUCCCCAUUCAAAAUCUGGAAAACGAACUAUCAAACAAGAAAAAGGUUUUACCGACUGAGCUGGAGGCACUUGCCUAUGAGCUCAAUCUUUUCGAUGUGGCCCUGAAGUCGCUUCCCGGCUUCUCCCAUGUCCCAGACUACACAGCGGAAGACGUGGAUCAGUCGUUCAUCAGUUUUCAGGACGAUCUAUUGUACUGGGCCAACAACCUGAAAGACUUUAAGGGGAGCUUUCACUUGCCGUCUAUUCGUCGACAUGUUGGCGAUCUUGCGGAUGAGAUGGUGAUACACUUGGAAGCGCUGACGGAGGCUCUCAAAGUCUUUUUCGACAUUGGUCUUCCGACAAUUAAAUUUGCGCAAAAACAUACCACCGACACUUUACAGAACCUUUCGACCGUUGCUACAUUCUUCUCUGCUGUUUCUGCCACGGCUGUUGGAUUCAGUUAUCCAUCUAAAUACACAAUAGCUGACAAAGCCGUCAAUCUUUUAUGGCUCAUAUCUUUGGUUUUUUCGAUGGCAAGCGCCGUCAACAGCCAGCUGGGCUACAGAUGGACGUUAGCCGUGUACUCAAGUCCUCCAUCGGCCGUUCCUUGGUGGAUCUCCAUUUGGAUCACCAAGACUCCGCUUGUUUUCCUUGUUGCAUCUGUGGUAUCGUUCUCGCUAGGUCUUAUUUUCUUUACCUUUGCCAACUUCUCCCACUCGCUUUUUAUUCCCGUGUGCAUCACCGUGGCGUCAGCCAUCUCAGCGGCAGCACUGCUUAUUGUCAGCUUGUGGUUCGCUGGUGAUCACUAUGCCUUCAAGAGAAACAAAGGAUCAAGGUGGCUCAUGGACGAGCUGGAGGAAUUCGUUCAGGCGUCUAAAUUUUACUCCGGUUGGCAGUGGAUGUCUCGUCACUUGGGCCCUGCGUUUGGGACCAUCUUUAAUGCGUUUUCCCGGUGUACAUCCUUAGCGCGAGGCGCAAUGAAGGCUGUCCAGAAUGUGUUUACCAAGCCAAGACAAAGCUCUCUACUUCCAGUGCCGUAUAUCAGCACGGCAACAGAGGACCUACAACAACUCGAAUCAGGGACACAUCAAACACAUUUUGAUUCAUCGGCAGAACCAUCAUUCCAACCUCUCCCGCUGCGGUCUCCAUCUUCCACUGCCUUACUCAGGGAUGCACGGGCUGCAUCGGCUCCUCCGACCUCAACUACCACAGCGUCCCAAAUCUCACCAGUGCCACGGCUGUUCACGGUCCCCGUUUCUCCUAACACGUCACCGCCGUCAGCGAAUGUUCGAAAACCGGGUUUGAAAAGGUUCAAGAACGUGGGGAACAUGGUUGUUAAACAACAAAGGGGGGAAGACGCUUUUGAUGUGGCUCUCACCAAUCUCUCACCAGACAUCGCAUUCCCGCCACAUCCGACUACUGCCGAUCAACCCACACCAGAUUCAACACCUGAAGCGCAGGCAUUUUCCCCCUUCGCUCGCCCGACCAGGUCUUUCAGUCACCUUGAUGGAGAGCCUAGUGGACCUCCUCGGAGGGUGUCCCCCGCAAUUCAGCGAUUCAGGAACGCGGUAAACAGAGUGAUCGAAGCUAUCCGGUCUGCUAAGGAAGAUCAAAUGAGGCGCAUGGAAUCUAUGGUACCUGCACUGAAGUCCCUGGCAUUAUCCCAUACGAUGAAAGAGCACACGGCUAUCAUUAGGGAUAUCAAAUUUAGCCCAGAUGGGCGAUUCUUGGCGUCCUGUGCUUGGGAUCAAUCGGUAGUCAUCUGGAGAGUUGGACCACCAAUUCAGCGUCAUUACACGCUGCGUCUCUUUGGCCCCGAUUUUGCGUCCCAACUUGCAUGGUCGCCAGAUAACCAGUAUCUGGUGACGAAACUGGCGCGUGGAUAUAUCAUUUGGAAUCCUCUGACGGGGAAGAAGCUGCGAACAGUCAGUAGAGACCAGCCAGUGCAAUCUGUCGUCUGGAUGCCGCAAGGGCAAGCGCUUGUAUGCACCGAGGGAACAUUCAUUUAUCAGAUAAGUCUUGACGGAAAUGUAUUGUGGAGCCAUAACUUCGAGUGCAACCUACAUGACCUUGUUAUCACCCCCGACGAGAGCAGGCUGCUUGUCGUUGGAACCCUAGAAGUUUCGACAAAUCAUCAUCUCAGGCCUUCAAGGUCCCGCGCAGAAAAGCGUAUCAUUUUGUUCGAUUUGUUCUCCCGAAGUGUUAUUCACCAAAUGCCAACACUGAGCGACGUUCAAGGAUUGAGUAUCUCUACGUCUGGCACAGUUCUUCUUAUCACGCAUGAAGGAAAGACACCACCCCAACUGUUCCGCGUGAACUCAACAUGGCUUGCUCUGCUGCACACGUAUCGACUUCCAAACCCUGUAGAAUUCGCGGGUACAGGGCAGCUCGGCGUACUGGGGCCAAAUUCAAUGCCCGGCGGGCCCAAAUUCGAAGAUCGGAUCAUCAUUUGUGCAGGAAAAGGUGGCGAGUUUUUCAUCUGGGAUCGCAAGUCUUCACGACUUCUUCACUCGUUCGAUGCGCCGAUACGGAAGGGUUCAUAUCUCACUAAGACGGCUUGGAAUUGUGGAAGCUCAACGGCAUUAAUGGUCGCUGGUUCCUCAAGCGAUGGUACCGUUAGGGUGUGGAGUUCACCCUGGGACUGAGAUGUCCAUCGCCUCGUCCAGUCCCUUCACAGCCUCUCUAAACUGGGAUGGCGUAUUCCUCGCAAUAUUUCGAAUUUUGGGAUCAUUCUGGGUCAACUGGUGAAAUUCUGUUGUAUGUUUGUCUGGUCAUGGGCCACUUCGCCCCUUAGUUCCUAUACUGGCGUGAAUUGUGAUGAAGCUUGAUCGCUUGAUAUGGGUACAUGUAUUGAUCUGGGGAGUGUGCCUCGUGUCUGCAUAGGGUGGUGCAGGAAGCAGUAUAAUAGGAACUGUUCUUGAUGGACGGACUUUCAUGUGUAUGUGUACCAAUAUGCUCUUCUUGCGAGUAAACCGAUGUU